AAUAUGAGAAGGAAUCAGUGGUCACAAAAUGCGGUUACAAGUUAAAACAGUUUUUCUGUGUGCUUUUCUUUUCGCAGGUAUUACUUGCAACAUUCCCAACACGCUAAAGAAAGACUUUUUCCAAAUCUACAAAGGACUAGCAGUAGAAGCAAAACAACUCACUGGUACCCAUGUCACCAUCGACAAAUUAACCUUUACCCACUUUGACAAAAAGCAUUUGGAAAAUGGAACCUUAUUGGAUUCUUCAAAUCUGGAAGAUGUUAAGUACGCCAAAGAGAAGAUAGUAUUUAUUUUACACGGAUGGGCUAGUUCUGCGACUGUGGAUUGGGUUCUGGAUAUGAAAAAUGCUUUUCUGACUAUUUACCCGAACAGUUCUGUGAUCACAAUUGAUUGGAGUGGACCGGCAUCACAGCCUUAUUCAAUAUCUUCUAUCAAUACUUACGAUGUUGGAAAUUUCAUGGCGGAUAUGAUUCUUGACCUGAUAAAUAAGCAUAACGUUGAUAUUAAGAAAUUCCUUCUGGUGGGUCAUUCACUCGGAGGACAAGCUUGCGGAUUUGCAGGAAAAAAACUACAAUCAGUAGGUAAAAUUUUACCAAGAAUUAUUGGUCUUGAUCCUGCUGGUCCCCUGUUCAGUAUUAGACCAAAAGAUAAAAGGCUGAAUCCUACAGAUGCAGAGGUCGUAGAGGUUAUUCAUUCUGAUGGAGGAAGAUUCGGAUUUGACAAUCCCUGUGGUACUAUUGACUUCUUCCCAAAUGGGGGAAAAUGGCAACCUGGAUGCCAGAGAAUCGAUUUACUUGAUAUUACCAGCGUCGCUGAUCCAGUUACUUGUGAUCACCAGAGAUCCCACGAAUACUUCACUGAAGCCAUUCUCAAUCCCGGUGAUUUCCUCGCAACAAAAUGUACUCAAUACACUUUAUUAUUUAAAAAGUGUGAUGAAAACUACAAAGUACCGUUGGGAGACCUCACUACUACACUGAAAGGAAAUUUCUACUUCGAAACGAAUAAGGAACGACCCUAUGCUAAGAGACAACAAGGACCAGGACUGAUAAACAAGAUAUCUAAUAUUUUUAAACAUUAGAAAUUAUACUAAAUUGUUAAGCUAGUAAUAAAAAAUAGUUUGACAU